UCCCAUCUCCACCAAUCUGAAUUAGAUUCGAGAUACGAAGGAAAAAUGGUCUUCCACCACACUUCUCUUCAAUCCAGCAUGGCCACUUUCGACCUUGAUCGAAGUGAGGACGACGAUGUUUACUAUGCCGAGCUCGAGAGGCAGAUCCUAGAAUUAACGGCCGAGGAAGAUGAGGACGGUGGUUUUCUCGAAACCAAGCAUCGGGGCAACGUCGCUAGAGCUUAUAAUGAUGCAAUGAAGGCUAAUUCUUUGGCUUGUGCGAAGGGUUUGGGCCAUUUUAAUUCGUGGGAGAAGAAGAGCACCAAUUCUUCCGUACCGGAUUGCAUUUCGAGCUCAUGGCAAAAGAGCAACGGAACCGGUGUUUUCAUUCCUAACAUCGUCAAAUCAAGAACACGGCAUGCGUCAGAUCAGAGCGCAAACUAUGGGAGGAAAAGAAUUUACAGGCAGGUGGAUCAGAGCGAGAACAGCAAGUACUUGGCGUCGAUGACUACUUGGAGGUCUAAACGAGAGAUGAGGUUGUCCAGUCAAAUCAUGAUCGAAGGAGGAUCAAGGUCCAUGGAAUGAACUGUAGAAUACAGACCAAGGUUGUGUGAUAUGAAUCUACUUUCUGCAAAUUCAAGUUUGGCCGUAGAAUAAUCAAACGAUGGGGUAAGUGGGAUCCGCGCCCAACAUCUGAUCUGCAACAUGGAAGAUGAAGCUCUUAGAUGACGAUGCAGAUGUACUCGAGCAGUAUCGAUUUUGCUUUCGUUUGAUCAGAUGUUCGGAAAGCUAGGGCAAAUCUAUGUGUUGCUUGCUGUUGGCGCUGUCUCCAUGCAG